UUCGAUUGGCCAAAAGGUAUAACCUCUUCUUAAAACAAAUAUGAUUGGUUAUUUUAAUGUAUAAAUAUAUUUUGCCGACUGCACGAGGUGGUCUCUGGCGUCGGUGGUGAAGUUGUUGGUAAGGCGUGACGUGAAUAUCGCAUACGAACGCAGAAUGACUGAAGACUGCAGAUUUUGGCUGCAGGAUGACAUAAGAGAUGAUGAUCCAGAGAUUUAUGAGCUCAUUCGUGCAGAGAAGGAGCGACAGCGCAGAGGGUUGGAGUUGAUUGCCUCUGAGAACUUUGCCAGCAAAUCUGUUUUGCAGGCCCUUGGUUCUUGUCUCAACAAUAAAUAUUCUGAAGGUCAGCCAGGCCAGAGGUAUUAUGGUGGAAAUGAAAUCAUUGACAAAGUGGAACUCCUGUGUAAGAAGCGAGCACUUGAUGCUUAUAACUUGAACAACGAGGAGUGGGGUGUCAAUGUCCAACCGCUUUCUGGUUCUCCUGCAAAUUUUGCUGUUUACACAGCUCUUGUUGAACCUCAUGGUCGUAUCAUGGGGCUUCAUCUGCCAGAUGGGGGCCAUUUGUCACAUGGUUUUAUGACCAACCAAAAGAAAGUGUCUGCAACAUCUCUUUUCUUUGAAUCCUUCCCAUACAAGCUGGAUCCUGCUACUGGUCUUAUUGAUUAUGACAAGCUGGCAGAGAAUGCAAAACUGUUUCUUCCAAAGAUGAUUGUUGCAGGUGUCAGCUGUUAUUCUCGUAACCUUGACUACAAGCGGUUCCGUGAGAUUGCAGAUGAGGUGGGAGCUUACUUACUUGCAGAUAUGGCACAUGUCAGUGGUCUGGUAGCUGCAGGAGUGGUUCCCAGUCCAUUUGAAUACUGUGAUGUUGUUACCACCACAACUCACAAGUCUCUGAGAGGGCCUCGCUCUGGCAUGAUAUUCUAUAGAAAAGGUGUAAGAAAGGAAACAAAGAAUGGAGAAAAGGUAAUGUUUGAUCUGGAGAGGAAGAUAAAUGAGGCAGUAUUCCCAGGUCUCCAGGGAGGCCCUCACAAUCAUCAGAUUGCAGCUGUUGCAGUAUCUCUGAAGCAGGCGCAGACACCAGAGUUUAAACUGUAUCAGCAACAAAUUGUUUCCAAUGCAAAAGCAAUGGCAAAGGCACUACAAAAUAAAGGGUACCAUAUUGUGUCUGGAGGAACAGACACACACCUUGUGCUUGUCGAUCUUCGUCCUCAAAAGCUGGAUGGGGCAAGGGGUGAGAAAGUUUUGGAGGAGAUUGGCCUUGCUGUGAAUAAGAACACUUGCCCCGGAGACAAAUCUGCUCUAAAGCCAAGUGGGUUGCGACUUGGUACCCCUGCACUAACCUCUCGAAACUUCAAGGAAGCUGACUUUGAAAAAGUUAUUGAUUUUUUUCAUGAAGCUAUUGAGCUCACAAAGGAAAUCAACAGCAGUUGUGGUCCGUUGCUGAAAGAGUUCAAGGCAAAGGUGGAUGAAGACCCAGUUAUCCGUUCCAAGAUUAAAGAUUUGAAACAGCGUGUUGAAAAUUUUGCAGUGUCAUUCCCUAUGCCAGGGUUUAAUGAUUGGUGAUUUGCAUAUCUUCAUAUGACCUUAUUUACAAACGUGCACAAGUUUUCACAUCAUAACAUGGACAGCUUUAAGCAUAAAGCACAAAAAAAUCUGAACAUUCUUUUGUUCCUUUAGUCUUUUGACUGACUGUACCACAACAUAUACUAUUUUCAGGGAAAUGAAAAUGUGUUAUAUGUGUCCAGUUGAACAUUUUUCAAGAGAUCACCUUAUACAAAUCUAUUUCCAUGGGUUAAAGAGAAAUUCAUGUGUGUUAUAAAUAUUUUGUCAUGCUGUCUUAGUUGAUAUUAAAAGUAAACUGAUUAUUUGGACAUAGCUACCAUAUUUACAAAUCUCCACUGGGUUUUCUAUCAUUUUAAAUCUUGAAAUGUUUGAGGAGCGUGGUAUCAAAAUGCACUCUGCAUUUCCUGAAUUUUACAUGCGAUUUGAACUUUGAAACUUAUUAGCUUACAUUUUUUGUUUUUUCAUAUGACAAAAAAGGAUUUUGUGAACUUGUGCAUGGUAUUAACAACUCUGUUAGAAUAUUUUAAGAUAUUUUGCAGCAAUUUCAGGAACAAUUAAAAAAAAAGCACUUGUCAUGUGCAAUAUUAUUUGAAA